CCAAUAUGAGGUCUCCAAAGGCCUAUUUCAUUCCUUUCAUCCUCACGCUCCUUUCGACCACAAUCCCAAGCGUUUCCAGCGAGGAUGUGACGCUCUACCACAUGUGGCUGCCAGGCCAAGAUAUACCCCCGGACGUAACCCUCUCGUUCACGCCCGCCGUGUCCUACACCCCUGUCUCCGUCGACCAAGCUGGCGCAACACAUUACCACGGAAACCCACUCCCCGUUGGAAAGGUGGAGCUUAGCGCCGUACCCGAGCCUGAUACGACGCGCUGGAUAACAGUGACGGAUGCACCGACAGUCACAUACUACCACGCGGUUAAAGCAGACGCGACCGAGAUCGUCAAGGUGGUCGCAUCUGCCCCCAUCUCCGCCCUCGACGACGAGAUCGCGCUCUCCGACAAGUCCACCUGCGUCCAGGACGAGGCCAACCCCGAGUUGUACGUCUGUGUGUUUGAGCAGGUCGUCCCGGAAGGGUUUGGCGGCGAAGCAGAAGAGAGGUAUAAUACAUUUACGAUGACUGAAACCGGGACGAAGUAUCCAUGGUACACUGUCUCGGACGUUGAACAGUUCAACGUCGCGAAACCGACGCCUGGAGGAAGCGAAGGUGCGGAUGACGAGGACGGUGCGACAGGGAAGGUUGGCGUUGGAACCGUCGGCGUUGUUGGGAUCGUGGGCGCCGUUGUCGUGGCGCUGGCACUCCUCUAGGAUAAUCCUCUCCAGGAGCACAGAUCUGCAGUACGCAGGAUAGAAAAUGAAGAACAGGUCGGGUUCGAGGGCCAAAA